AUGAAGUUCUCGCUAAGUAGCUCUAUAGAGCGCGUGAAGGAGCAGCUUCAGGUGCACACCGGGACAGCCGUGUCAGCCAUGCAGCUGCAGCUUUUCAGUGCUUCCAGCAAGUCGUCAGAAACAGACACAUUGUUACAUUCAGGACUCGAGGACAUUCGACUGCUGGGAUACUACUCCCCUCAAAACGGGUACCGUCUCCACGUGAUUGACACUGAUCCCACCUCAGCAGCUGCCUCUGGAUGGCUGGACGACACGUCCUUGGUGGAGAAAUACACGAUUUCUGAAGAAGAUUACGAAAAACGAGAUGAUUCCGUUCGGAGGUUCAAGCAACAACUGUAUAGUGCACGGCCUGACCUUGCCCCUCAGCCUGGUACUUCUGCGGACUUCAUGGCUGACAUUGCAGCAACCAUAAAGGUUGGCGACAGAUGUGAGGUGGACCCAGGCGGCAAGAGAGGAAGCGUUGCCUUUGUGGGCACUGUAGAUGUUCUUCCUAAUGGAUUCUGGGUGGGAGUGAAGUUCGAUGAGCCUGUGGGGGUCAAUGAUGGAAGUGUGGAGGGUAAGGUGGUCUUUCAUUGUGAGCGCAAUUACGGCUCGUUUCUGCGGCCAGACAAAGUCAAAGUUGGAGAUUACCCUGAAAGGGAUCCGUUUGACGAUGACGAGCCUGAUGAGUUUUAA